UAGGCAUUUCAGCCAUAUUGUUCUUUUAAUUUACCAACGAUUUUAAAAAAAGGAAGUUUCAUUUUGCGGAUUAAAAAUAAACGAGGAAGCAACACAAAGCUUUGCAGGCUAACAUGUUAGCUUAGAUUUAGCUUUGCUGGAAGUCUGUUACUGUUAGCUGUAGAACAGGAAGUGAACUCUACACCAUUGUUUAUAUUUAAUUUACUGUGGAAGGUCAUAUAAUUGAAGCGAAACGAGGUUAGCUAGCUAGCUAGCUAGUGAGGUUACCUGACACAGCUAGCAUCCUGGGUAUUUUCUCGGCUAACGACUCAUUCAGCUACCCUGCUAACAUGUAGCUACCUUUUAUAUAAUCUACUGAACGUCAGUGUGACAUGCUAAGCUAGGUGUUUACAGUACAUCUAUACAGCUAUAUCCAGUUGGUGUAUUGGAGACUUUGGGCAUCUUUGGUAGCGUCAAUGAACAUUAUUUUCCCCUCUACGUGCUAAGAACUUCUUGUCAAAUCAAUAAUGAGCAGCACGACUCAGAGGAAAAGGCGGACGACUUCCACUUCAUGUUCGAGGCGCAACAGCAAAAGAAGCAGGACACAAAUGUCUCAGGCCUCAGUGGAAACCAUUGACGUUAUAGAAAGCGACAGAUUAAGCAGUGAAGAGGUAGUAGACUUAACCUGUGAAGGAUCAGAGCCAGCUGUGGUCGAUCUUACAAACAAUGAUUCAGUUGUGCUUGUGGAUGAUGGUACACAGAGCAGACGUAUGCAAGGCACAGAGAGUUAUGUGCUGAGCAGCGAUGACGAGGAAGAGCCGAGUCCAAGUCUCAGUCCAGCUCUCCUGUCAUCACUACAUGCGAGUGCAAGAGCCAGGUCUACACCUGGAGCGGUUAGCUGCCCUGUGUGCAUGGAUGCUUAUGCAGAGAUCAUUGAGAGUGGACGGCUGAUGGUCUCCACCAAAUGUGGCCACCUGUUCUGCAGCCAGUGCAUCCGCGACUCCCUCGCCCGGGCUCACAACUGCCCCACAUGCAGGAAGAAACUCACCUAUAAGCAGUAUCACCCUAUCUAUAUCUGAGACAGAAAGGGACAUUGUGGUUUCACUGUCCUGUGUAACCAGACCUGCACUUUUACUGUUUAUCUGUCUCUGCCAAAUUCCUUCCUAAAAGCUGGCAUGGUACAUCACCUGAGCUUCUUAGUAUCAUACAUUAGUGGGUUAAUGUCCACAAAGAUGAAUUCAUCCGAACAAGGACCUAGAACCAGAAAGCAGUUAAAUUCUUUGUAAAGUAUUGCUUUUAAUGGUACAUUCACGCACUAAAAUAUUGGUUCUUUGCGUGAUGUGAUGUGCUUUACUGUAUUUCACAGGAAUCUGUAGCCAGCGUGCAUCUUGUGUAUAUUCACAAGCAAAAUGAAUGCUUAAAAAUGAUGCACUCUGCUGCUUACUGCCCAGAUCAUUGUCACUAUACCAUGUAAGAGCUCAACCCUGUUUCAUCGUCAGACAGACUGAAUUUGCCAUCCGCUUUUAGGUUAUGUAACUGCAAUCUCUUGAAAUAACUGUGUGCACUUGGUUUGUUCUUCCAUGAAUCCAUUCACUGUAAAUAUUUGUAUGUAUGAAUGUACAAAGAUCUAGUAAGUUAACAGUAAGGAAUGUGUAGAGUGUAAGCGUAUACCAAUAAAAGGUUACAAUGCC